AUUAAGCCUUGAAUUUUGUAACCUUCUCCUAGUUUUAGCUAUGCAAAACAGUCAACCUCAUGCUGCCCUCCUCGUUAGCCCUGGCAUGGGACAUCUCAUCCCUGCCCUUGAGCUUGGCAAACGCAUGGCUACUCAUCAUGGAUUUCACGUCACCGUCUUCAUCGUUGCCGAAGGUCAUGCCUCAACUUCACUUCUCAAAUCACCAAAUAAUUACCCUGAAAAUCUUGAUGUUGUCUUGCUCCCUCCUGUUGAUAUCUCUGCCAUAGUCGGUCCUGAUGCAUCACUCACCGUCAAGAUGAUCUUCAUCAUGCGCCAGUCUUUACCUCUCCUUCGCUCUGAAAUCCUAACCAUGAAGAUUCGUCCAACAAUGCUGAUUGUGGACAUAUUUGGAACCGAGGCUUUCACCAUAGCUGACGAAUUCGGGGUGCUUCGGUACGUUUUUAUCACCUCCAAUGCGUGGCUUCUCGCUCUUUCCGUGUAUUCAUCAGCCGCUGCGAAAGAGGUGACAGAGGAACAUGUCAAGAAACACAAACCCUUGAAAAUUCCUGGUUGCAAGUCCAUAAUUCGGUUCGAGGAUACGCUAGACGCAUUGCAAGACCCGAAUGAUCCCCUUCUUCAAGGGUUUAUAGCACUUGGAGGUGUGAUUUCAAAGGCAGAUGGGAUCUUGGUCAACACGUGGGAAGAUCUUGAAACCUCAACAAUUCAAUCAUUUAGAGAUACCAAGCUCCUAGGGCAGAUCGUUGAAGCGGUUUAUCCGAUCGGUCCACUGGUUAGAUGGGUAGGACAGGGCGGUUCAGAUCAUCCGGUGAUGGAUUGGCUAGACAAGCAGCCGGCUAAGUCGGUUAUUUAUGUUUCGUUUGGGAGUGGAGGGACUCUGUCGGCCAAACAGAUGAUUGAGUUGGCUUGGGGUUUGGAAUUGAGCCGACAGAGAUUUAUUUGGGUGGUUCGCCCUCCCUCGGACCAUGAUGCAUCCGGAUCAUAUUUCACAAUCGUACAGAGUAUUGAUGUUGACUCGGAUUACUUGCCUGAUGGGUUCCUAAACCGGACCCGUGACGUGGGAUUUGUGGUCCCCAUGUGGGCUCCACAAGUGGACAUCUUGAGCCAUCCUUCUGUGGGUGGAUUUUUGUCACACUGUGGAUGGAAUUCGACCUUGGAGAGCAUAAUGAACGGUGUGCCAAUGGUUGCGUGGCCGCUUUACGCAGAGCAAAAGAUGAAUGCUGCUCUGCUAGCGGAGGAGAUCGGGGUGGCUAUUCGGCCGAAGCAAUCGCCCGUGGGGGAUGGUGUGGUUGGAAGGGAGGAGGUAGAGAAGAUGGUGAGAAAGAUCAUGGUGGAAGAGGAGGGGCGUGCAAUGAGGAAGAGAGCUGUGGAAUUAAAAUACAGUGGAGAAAAGGCGUUGAGUAAGGGCGCGUGUUCAUACAAUUCAUUGUCCCAAGUGGCAAAAGAGUGCUUGCAAUGCCUCAUAGGCUCAUAGCGAAGAGCGGAGGUGCUUGACAAGAUAAUAAUUGGAAUGUUAAACAGUAUUUGCAAUAACACUAUACUGUCCGUGUAUGUGUGACUUUCAAUAUGUAGAAGACAAAUAGAAUAGUGCAACGGUU